AUGCUCGUUUGUAUGUGUCGCACUUUGUUGUUCACACACUUAUUUUAUGCUCUGGCACACAAAGACUCUCGGUUGAGUUUCUUCUUAUGCUUGCCCACUCAUUUCCUUUUUCCCCCAUGCACGUGGAUACCCUUGGUAAAGGCAGUUUCUGGUGUAAACAGGAGGGGAAGAAUCGUUCUAAAGACCAUGUCAGGGCAACCACACUACGAACGAUAUCAAAGACAGUGUACCGCCGCGGCGGGUUCAUCCCCAGCUCCUCUUUCACUUCCAUCCGAGCCGCAUAUUGAAGGACCUUACAGCGGCGAUUUUGGUAAUCCAUCGGAAGAGGCUCUCGCAGCGGUUCGACGGGCCAUUGGUGUGGUUGACUCUCUCGCCACCCUCUGCGCUUCGUCGCCCUGUGUAGGAGGAGAGGUGAACGUGUGCAAUGAUCAAGUAGCUGAAAAGGUUGCGUGUUUACAAAUCAUUCUAUCCGCGGUUGUUUCCGUAGCGGACUCGCAGUGGGUUGAUUUGGAAAGUGCUGUUCACCGACGGGUUCGUUUCCUGGGUCUUCAUGGGGAGGUUACGGACUGCACAACUCCUAACUCUCCUAAAAAAUCAUCUACUCCCUCCGGUGGACGCGCCCCGCCCUCCAGAAAUCGCACGAGGGGAAUUAUAUGGAAUGACGAAACCCUCAUGGAGGAACCGCCAACAGCACGAGACGAGGGCUUUGGUGAGGCUAAGGGUAAAGACGGCUAUCCUGCGGCCGGACCCGAGACGAACAAAGGGAGAUUGACUACCAACAUUGAACACAGUGACGGGGCCACGAGUGGGCUGAUGUCGGGCAGGAGAAUAGGAGAAGAGACAGGACGGCCGCUAACGUGCGGGGAUGAAAUGGCUCUCAGUAAAGGUCACGACACUAAUGGGAAGGUCAGCGCCUCCGAGACAGUGGAUAACUUGAAAGUGCCCGAGGCUGCUGAAAGCGAUACGCAAACUGAACUGGUUGACAGCCCACCUUGCUUAGACGUGCAACAAGGAGGGUGUAAAGGGCAGAGAGAACCUAUCCAUUGCAGUGAAGAACUUCCCGCUGAUGGCACCACCUUUUCGUUGUGCAGUACGGCGGGCGAAAUGGCAUUACAUGAGAACGGGAGGGGCGGCGACAGAACCGACAGCAGUGACGUUGGAAGAAGUGCUGACUAUAGCAAUAGUAAAAAUGUUCACCGUUAUCAUAACGGUGAAGUUGGUGAUCUGCAGUGUUGGUGGGGUAAACAGCGCGAGCAGCCACGUGGGGAGGUGUUGAACGGCCCCCGUUUACCGACUGAUAAGCUAGAAGCAUCACUGCACGAACCCUCACCCAAUGCGGCCGCAGAAGACACCGUUGAAAGUCUUUUUCGCACUGAAGACGGUGUCGUUUCCAUAUCUGGGACAGACUUUUGCAGUAAAGAGGAAAGAAGUAUGCACGAUGUAGAGGAGGCACCCCACUCACACGUGUCCGUUAGUGCAACCGUUACGCCCGUGACACCAGUCUUGGGCAAAGAGGUUUCCAGUUCACCUGUAACUCGAGGGGACUUGGUGGAUGAAAGUGAAGGCGAAUUGAAGGCCCCUAGCCAACUAAUCGAGAUGGUCGACGUUGGUUGUGCAAAGUCGCCGAUGCUCACAGGGCAAAAGGAUGACGGUCCAUUAAACCGCUCGAUGUUGUCCAAGAUAACGGCCCUCCCCCCCACUACGCGUCAAUGUGCCGGCGCCAUUAAUGCUGAUCACGCCGGUUUGAAGUCCAGCACCCUGCAAGACUCCUACGCUGGUGCGGCAUCGCGCACAUCAUGCCCACUUGCUGCUGGCGUAAGCACCAUAGUAACCGAUGAUGACAUAGGAACGUGUGGAGGCUCUACGCUCACAGAAGCCACGGGAGCGAGCGCGGGUCCCGCUUCGGUGAGCAAGCAAAGCGGGGAGAGCACCACCUCACACCCGUGGGAAGCGCACACGGCACCCCCGAUUUCAGUAGGCGGCUCGACGCAGCGUGGCAGAGAAGGUCGAGGUCAAAGCGGCCCUGCCGAUGAUGCGGAUGACAAGAGCGGUAAUCGUGGCCGGGAGCAGCCACCCUCGUCAUGUUCCGCUGCUCCGUUGCCACCGACUUAUGCACGACUCUUUCCAGCAUCCGGUGAACUUACCGAACAUCCAUUUGAAGGCGGCACCUGCAAGGCCACAAAUGAAGUGACGGCGGCGUUUCAACCGCAGCCACUUCUGCACAAAACUGAAGACAUAUAUGCUCCUGCUUUUUCAACGAAUGUUGCCGGCGCCAGGGGCAGUAGGACACUCACGGGCUUAAGUGGUUCAGUGCCCAACUACGCACAAGAAACUGGCGGCGAGGAACCUGAUGCGUUAGGGGGUGACAGGGCAUCCCACGCAGCGCCGGGUGCAGGAGAGGCGCGUUUGAUUCCCUACGGUUUGCUGUUACUUCGGCAGGUACUUCAAGAGGCUGCAGUACAUAGAUCCCGCAGGCACGGUGUUUCGGACCCUAUGUGA